AUGGAGCGCGUGAAUAACCUCAUGGUGUUUGAUAUUCUGCCCGAGCGCAAGGUGGUGUUCCUCGAACAUAACAUCAACGUGCAGGACACCCUCUCCAUCCUUGACGACAAGCGCAUCUCCUCCGCCCCCGUGGUGAACGUGAGCGAGGGCAAGUUCCUGGGCAUCGUGGACAUGUUCGACAUCGUCACCUGCAUGCUGGGCGUGCUGCCGGAGCUGAAGGAGGGCGACGACCCCAGCGCCGUCGAGUGGGCUGGCGAGCACUUUGCCAAGACCACCAUGGGCCAGGUCAUCGAGGCCACCAACACGUACGAGGGCUUUCCCAUCGCCUCCAACCCGGUCAAGCGCGAGACCUUCCUGCCCAAGGUCAUCGAGCUCUUCUGGCUGGGACUGCAUCGGCUGCCGGUGGUGAACAUGGAGAACAACAUCAUCAACGUGCUCACGCAGAGCGACCUGCUGGCGUUCAUGGCGCAGAACAUGCACCUCAUCGGCGCCAUCGCACGCAAGACCCUCGACGAGUGCAACAUCGGCCGCGUCGCGCCGCAGAUGGCGCGGGCCAACGAGCAGACUAGCGUCGUCGUCAAGCGCCUCCACGACAAGCGCAUCACCGCCCUCCCCGUCGUCGAUGACGAAGGCAAGAUCGUCGCCAACUUCAGCAUCAGCGACCUCAAGGGCAUCACGAGCAAGAACUUCAAGGACCUGCUGCUGCCGGUGAAGGCCUUCCUGGACAAGCGGUCGUCGCAGGAGGAGAACUUCCGGUGCGAGCGGUCGCUCCACCCGCUCACGGUCCAGCGACACGACCCGCUCGAGGAGACCAUCUACAAGAUGGUCGCCACGCGAGUCCACAGGCUCUGGGUCGUUGACGACAGCAACCGACCCAUCGGCACUGUCUCUACCACCGACCUCAUGCGCGCCUUCCUGCAGCUCUGA